CACAAAUGCAGCUUUUUUUUCUACCAUUCAUCACUUCUCGUGUACUUCUCACCCCAAAUUGGCGUAUUUUCCAUCCAAACAAAAAUCAACAUCGUCAAGACGCGCGUCCCGCUCCUCAACACAAUGGCUGUCACCAGCUCCCACACUUACAGACACACACAGAACCGGGACCAGGUCAACGACAAUUCUCUAUUCUUCUUCAUGCCUAACCAAGAAUGGGAUGUUUUCACUGUCAGCAAAGAAGAAAUCUCCGGCCUAGUUAGCCAUGUUGUCGACGAUGCGGACCCGCACGGAGCCAUCACAUUCAACUGCGCCGAGCAACUCAUGAUGUACUGCAAGGUCGCAAGGUUCCACGAUUACGAAAGACAUGCUCGCUUGCUUUCAACAACCCACGGACAGGCAACACCCGGCUUUACGCAUGAGAAUUGGGACCAAGUCAAGAGCGAAGUCGUCGUAACUGGCAAAAUUGCAAAGUCCAGUCAGAACCCACAUUUGAGACGCAGGCUUCUGUCUACAGGCGACCGUAUUUUAUGCGAAGCCGCCUCUAAAGACCGCGUAUGGGGCAUCAGAUACACGGUAAAGCAUACCAUGUCUCAACAACGGCAUUAGGGGGAGAAUCGCCUAGGCAAGGUGCUAAUGGCGACAAGAGACCAUCAUAAGGCCGAACAAGCUUGGAACAGAUAAACUUGAGAGCUAUGGAAGGACUGAAUCCAUAAUAAGCUCCCUUGAUCUACAUGGAUUUGGUACGAGGAGAACGACAGUACAGCUCAUGUUGGAAGUCGAUGAAGAGGAAUUGUUCGACAACUCAACACAUAAACCCACUCACGCACACACGCAUGCCUUCAUCAGCAGGAACUAGAAUGGGCAGAGUUAGAAUGGUAUACUAGCCAAAU